AUGGCUCACGAACGACGUGUGCACGGCCCGAACACUGUCAUCGAACGAUUCCCCUGCCAGUUUCCCGGCUGUGUUUUCACAACCAGGUUCCGAGAGUCCCUGGAAAGUUUAAGCCAUGCCAUCACGCAUGAUCCCAACGCAUUCCCGUGUCGGUUUCCUGGUUGUAAAUUCGUAUCCGAACACGAAAGGAGCCUGCAACUGUAUUCCAGCGUGCAUCCCAAGCCACGUGCAUGUCAGGUUCCCGGCUGUGACUUUGUGACCACAAAAAAAGCGAGCCUGAGACUGCAUGCCAUCACGCACGAUCCCAAGGCACUUGCAUGCCAGUUUCCCGGCUGUGAAUUCGUAGCCAACCACAAAAGGUCCCUGAAACGGCACGCCAUCAUGCACGAUCCCGACGCUGAGCAAUUCGCAUGCCAGUUUCCCCGCUGUAACUUCGUAACUAGAUACAAACACAACCUGAUCAUAAACCAUGCUGUCAUACACGAUCCCCAUGCUGAGCGGCACGAAUGUCAGUUUCCUGGAUGUGACUUUGUAACUAAACACAAAUGGAGCCUGAAACAACAUGGGUCCCGCAAGCAUAGACUCGGAUAA